AUUAUGUUUACUAAAAUGGCAGGCAGGUUGGGCAUCUCGCGAGACAGUGCAGUGCAAAAAUGAAGUUAAGGUGGUGUUUUGUGGACUAUGAGCAUUGGCGAAUGCUAUGAACAGUGUUUGGAGUUGAUAUUUCAGUUCAGUAUUCAUUAGGAAAUGAAGUUUCGUUUCAGGUGCUAGCGAGCCAACGGAGGCCCUUACCAUGGCCACACCGGCCGAUUAUCAAUGGGCUUACUCCAUUAUGGACUCAUCAAGAGUAUCUACAUUUUUAAUUUCAAUUCUCUUGAUUGUGUACGGCAGCUUUAGGUCAUUAAAUAUGGAGCAAGAAGCACGUGAACGAGAAAAAGAAAAGGAGCGAGCUCCAAGUCUGACCGGGCUGCCUGCAGCUGCAAGCACUUCACCCGAUAACAAUGUGCAGACUUUGGACACAAUGCAGGCUCUCUGUCUCCCUCUUGGUGCCUCAGUAUCGCUUCUUGUAAUGUUCUUCUUCUUCGACUCGAUGCAGAUGCUCUUUGCUAUCUGCACUGCAAUUAUUGCAACUGUUGCCCUAGCAUUCUUAUUACUUCCUAUGUGCCAGUAUGUCAUACGACCAUGUUCUGAUGGAAACAAGAUCUCAUUUGGUGUGUGUGGACGUUUUACUGGAGCAGAAUUACUAUCAUUCUCACUGGCUGUGUUCAUAGUGUGUAUAUGGGUUCUUACUGGACAUUGGUUACUUAUGGAUGCAAUGGGCAUGGGCUUGUGUGUGGCAUUCAUUGCAUUUGUGCGAUUGCCUAGCCUGAAAGUAUCCACACUUUUGCUCACUGGCUUGCUGAUAUAUGAUGUCUUCUGGGUAUUCUUUUCAUCCUACAUUUUCAACACCAAUGUCAUGGUCAAGGUGGCGACUCGCCCUGCAGAGAAUCCUGUGGGUCUGGUGGCAAGGAAAUUGCACCUUGGAGGAGUUGUAAAGGAAGCACCAAAGCUCUCCUUACCUGGGAAGUUAGUGUUUCCUUCACUUCAUAACCAGGGCCACUUCUCCAUGCUGGGCCUUGGAGACGUGGUCAUGCCGGGCCUGUUGCUGUGCUUUGUCCUCCGGUAUGAUGCCUACAAGAAAUCACAGCUCUUGCACCUGGGUGAAACGGGAGUUCCUCCGCCAAAACAUCUUAAUAAAUUAAGCUACUUCCAUUGCUCUCUGAUUGGGUAUUUCCUGGGGCUGCUCACAGCCACAGUGUCCUCAGAGGUGUUCAAAGCGGCACAGCCAGCGCUAUUGUACCUGGUGCCCUUCACCCUACUGCCUCUACUUACUAUGGCCUACCUCAAGGGAGAUCUGCGGCGCAUGUGGAGUGAACCGUUCAUCAUCCACCCUCCAUCAAAGCACCUGGAGGUCUGACAUGAAUCUCAAAGACUGGAGUCUGCGGCUUUGGCUUUGCGACCUUGGUGCUAAGCACUUCAUUGGCACAUCCAGUCGUCUUGGUAUGCACCCAGUCAUCGUUAGUUUCAUUUUGCAUCUUUUGCCUAUCACCUAUUUUGGUUCAGUCAACGUUGCAAUAAUGACUGGUGAUCCAAGAAGAGAUGUGUUUUGGAGCUCUCCACUGAGCCUUCUUUUGUUGUACUUCAUGUGUAUGUUGGCUAAAAAAGAAACAGCCUCCAUCUAUUUUCCUUCGUGAAGAUAUAUACUUGAGUGCAUGUUUUGGUUUCCUGAAUGAAGUGUGACAUUCUUGUGGAACAAUCCAAGGUCUGCUUGAACUGAGACGAAAUCAGUAUCGUGACCUUCUUACAUGAGCAUUGAAUAGUUCUCGGGCCUGACAGUCAGUUAGAGGCCAUCAAAGGGAAGGGUAGAAUGUGAUUGAGUGUGCUGGAUUUUAAGUAGAGAAAAGUUACUGUUUGGUAUAUUGUAGGGCAUACUAAUUUUCACGACAUUCCAUCAGUCACUUUGUGAUAACCACAGGGAAGUUUGCAUUGUCAGCUAUUGUUGUUUCUUCUUUCCAUCUCUUGGUAUGUUUGUACCAUGGACUUGUUUUCCAAAGGCAGAAGUCUUUCUAAGAUUUUCCCUUUGUGAAAAUCAACGAAAGAAAUCUGAAUGCUGGCAAUUGGCGUUAGCAAAUUUUCCUACUGCCAGUAUAUAUUGUAAUAACUAUGAAGUUAAAUGUCCUAAAUUCUGUACUAUUGUACUUUUGAAUCCAAAGAACAACCUUGAUGUGCUGAUAAGAUAGAAUGUUUUCUUUGUAUGCAAAGCCUUAUUUUUCACUGCACAAUCAUUUCACUUUCAAGCCCAUUUCUCAAUACUAGAAGAGAGGCUGCUUCAUGUCAACUAGACCAGAUGGUCGGAAGUUCAUUAAGAUAUUUUGAAUAAUUGCAAUAUGGGAAGAAGUGAACUAUAAACUAAUUGACUGUGAUUACAUCCUCAUUGACAUAAGAGCAAGCAAUUUUUUAGUACAAAUGCACUUACCUGGAAUGUGCCCAUUGAAAAUAAGUAUUGUGGAUGUCUUAAAGAGAUACUCGAAUACUGGAAUAAUUUGGAGAAUACCUUUACCUACUAGACUUCAAAAAACACUGAACUGCUGACAGUUGCAUAGUGAAUUCUAGUUGUAUUGUACAUGUAUCUAAAACUGUAAGUGGCUGUAUAGAUGGUUGUUGACAUGGAAUGUAUGGAAGAGUAGAUAAGUAGAAUUUUCCAGGCUUUUAUUUUUAUAACAAUCUCUACCUAAGAAAGUCAUAAGAGCAAAUUGAAUUUGUUUUUUGACACUGUGAUGCUUAAUGUAGAUUUCUGUUACCGCACUAGGUGUACUAAGUUCUCCAUGACUAGAUUUCCUCCAAAAUUGGUAUGUACAUCACAAAAUUAUUUAUUACUAUAUUGUAAUUAGAGGAAAUGUUUGUUUGUGAACUUUUCAGCGAAUGAUCUGUUCUUGUAGGUUUGUUGUUGGGGAUGUUUGUCUCCCUCUGUUGUAUUGUAAUGUAACAUAUUUUUAUGUAUAAAAUGAAUUCUUUUUUAAGUGAAUUUUUAUUUGCUUGUCUUUUUAUAUGUGACAUUGCAAUUGUUGCCCACCCUGAAGUAAAUGUGCUUCGUUACGUCUACUCAUUUUGUUACUUUUUGUACAUUGUCCUUGAAUGUUCUUCCAUAUUUCUGUCCAUUUUGAAAUUGUGCAAUUAACAUCAUUAAACAUGGAGCGGAAUCAAAGAUGCUACUAGCAUACUUUGUGUUCUACCUUAGUGUUGUUUCUCUUGCGUGCUCAUGGUUUUUUGAUGUUGUGAAUUUGGUGCAGAGCGCUUGUGAGAUAUGGAACAGGUUGUGAAACUUCUAAAACAAUAAAAAAAAUGAGAAAAUAGUAGUGUUCUGUAUGAUUCUCUGUAGCCCCAUUUUUGUCCACAAUUAUACGCAACAAAAUAAUGUUAUGUAUUCUUGAAAAUUUUAUAUAGUGUAGAGUGAAACCUAAUCACCUUCCGUGAUAUCCUGAAUUUCUUUUUUAAUUUGUUUCCCUUCCUCAUACAUGAACAUGCACACAUUCACUUGAAUGUACUAUGGUAACUGAAGUCAAAGAACCUCAAAAAUAUAUUUUACAAAUUUCCGUUGCUAUUAUGCCUGAAAAGUGCUAGUAUUCUUUCCCUUUUGAGGUUGAAAUUGAAAGGAAUUGAUGAGUGACAGUUGUUUAUCAUCUGGCUUGUUUGUCUGGAGUUAUUAUUAUUGAACAGUUUCAUUACCUACUUACCGAGAGAAAUUAGCUGCAGAGGGUGCAUUAAGAAAUAAACUUGCGGGCAUAUGUUUAUGUCAUUCCUAUUUUGCAGUUUGAUACAAGGUCCACCAUAUACCCAAUUACAUUUUUUGUCUUGAUGAAUGUUUCUGAAGUUUUAGCAAACACAAGGAUAUGCAAUAUCUCUACUGAAGGUUUCAGAAGCUACAAUUGCUUGCAAUGUUUGCUAAAACUCUCAAGAUCUUUUGUGAAAGGAAGAGUGUAAAUUGGGUCAUUGGUGAAGAAAAUAUGUAUGCUUUUAACAUGAUGUCUAGGUAAAAAUGAUGCAUUCAUCAAUUUCCCUUGAAGCUGCUGGGUUUUAUUAAGUUUCAUGUAGAAAAAUUCUAUAUGAAGGUUAAUAUAUACAGGAUUAAAUUAUUUUAGGAAAUUGAUUUGUUUUUUGUGAACUAGAAGUGUGCAGUAGUUCAUUUGUCAAUUUUGGCCUUCCAAAUCUUUUUUUUUUCUUUCUCUUUUCUUUAAAUUCAUAAUGCAACAGUUCUUUAUUAUUUUUUUAAGUAACUUCCAUUUAUCUUCUUAUUCCCUUUCAGAUUUUACAAAAGAGGUUCCUCUCUAUAUUGAAAGUUUUUAGAAUUAAUUUGUUGUUAAUUUAUGAAGGAUAAUUUAUGAUCCUCAGAAUUUGUUUAUUUUUAAUGCUUCAAUAGGAUUAAUAAUCUUUAA